AUGGGGAAAAGGGGUGUCGUCCGGCCAAAAAUUCAGGCGGAGGCACGCCGGAAGGGGUUGGAGAGGACAAUAAUCACACAAGCUACUGUAGUGCAAGAAGAUGAAAUCGUUAACAAGGAAAAACAAGACUCUACAUCGGUCAUACCAGAGGAACUCCUUACGCCGCCACCACAAAAGGAAGGUGAAGGUAUGUUGGAGACAACGAAUUUUGAACCAAAACAAGCGUUGGAGAAGGAAAAUGAAACGCAACAGAAACCUUGGGCUGAUGUUAUCAAAGGAAAUAGAAGUCUAAAUCAUGGAAUGAUGAUGGAGUUUGUGGCCCCAACAAUAGUGAAUGGUGAAGUCGAAAUUGAGAUUGAGGAAGCUGAUGUGGCGGAUGAACUAGAAUUUUGGGAGAACUCAAUCAUCUUAUCUGCAUUGGGGGAAACUCUUUCAAUGAAUGCGGUUAAGAAAUUUAUGGAAAUGAGUUGGAAUUGUGUUGCUCUUCCAGAACUCUAUUACAAUGAAGAAGGGUACUUUAUUAUGAGAUUCAGAAGCAAGGAAGAUAAUGAGAGUGUUAUGGCUCAAGGGUCUUAUUUCAUCUAUGGAAAGCCAUUAUUCCUCGGGCAAUGGUCAACUGCUUUUGAAAUGAGAGAGGAUUUGUUACGUGUUUUACCGUUAUGGAUAAUAAUGCCCAACUUGCCAUUACACUUGUGGGGGAAAGAAGUAUCUCUAAGAUCACAAGCGCUAUCAGUAGACCAAUCACAACGGAUGAAUGCACAACAAAGAAAAUUUGAAUCUUGUAUACUAGGGUUUUGGUGGAAUUUGACAUCACACAAAAACCUCGUGAAGUGGUGUACAUUAAGGAUCACAAAGGAAAAGUUUUGGAGCAGAAAAUAG